AUGGGGAAGAUGGACAACACUUCUGUGGAGCUGAGCUCUCCCUCCGAGGUGAAGCAGGCAGCCCUGGAGGACUCAGAGCCCAUUACCCCCAAGGCCAUGAGCGCCAAGAAGAACAAGAAGGAAAUCCCAGACAGAGGCUCCUGGAAGGGGAGGUUUGACUUCCUGCUGUCCUGCGUGGGCUAUGCUAUUGGGCUGGGCAACGUCUGGCGCUUCCCAUACCUCUGCGGCAAGAAUGGAGGAGGGGCCUUCCUCAUCCCCUAUUUCCUGACGCUGGUGUUCGCUGGUAUUCCUCUCUUCCUGCUGGAAACUGCUCUGGGCCAGUAUACCUCUGUUGGUGGGCUGGGAGUCUGGAAAUUAGCUCCUAUGUUUAAAGGAGUGGGGCUAGCAGCUGUGGUUCUCUCCUUCUGGCUGAACAUCUACUACAUUGUCAUCAUUGCCUGGGCUCUCUACUAUCUUUUCAACUCUUUCACCACGGAGCUGCCAUGGCAGAGCUGUGGGAAUGCCUGGAACACCGAUCGCUGCUUCUCCAACUACUCGCUGGAUGACACCACCAACCUCACCAGUGCUGUCACCGAGUUCUGGGAGAGGAACAUGCACCAGAUGUCUGGGAGCCUAGGGGAGCCUGGCACCAUCCGUUGGCCCCUGGCCGGCACACUGGCCCUGGCCUGGCUGCUGGUCUACUUCUCCAUCUGGAAGGGUGUGGAAUGGACAGGCAAGGUGGUGUAUUUCUCUGCCACCUACCCCUACUUCAUGCUCUUCAUCCUGUUCUUCCGGGGAGUCACUCUGCCGGGAGCCAAGGAGGGGAUCCUCUUCUACCUUACCCCUGACUUUAGGAAGCUCUCUGACUCUGAGGUCUGGAUGGAUGCAGCCACACAGAUCUUCUUCUCCUAUGGCCUGGGGCUGGGCUCCCUGAUUGCUCUGGGGAGCUACAACACUUUCCACAACAACGUCUACAGAGACUCCAUUAUUGUCUGCUGCAUAAACUCCACCACCAGCGUAUUUGCUGGCUUUGUUAUAUUCUCUAUUGUUGGCUUCAUGUCACACAUCACAAAGAAGUCCAUCUCAGAGCUGGCCUCCUCAGGCCCCGGACUGGCUUUCCUUGCCUACCCGCAGGUUGUCACACAGCUGCCCCUCUCCCCUCUCUGGUCAAUCCUCUUCUUCUCCAUGCUGAUGAUGUUGGGACUGGAUAGUCAGUUCUGCACUGUGGAAGGGUUCAUUACAGCCCUGAUGGAUGAGUAUCCUCACCUCCUGAGAGCCAGGAAGAAGAUCUUCAUUGCCAUUGUCUGUUUCAUCUCCUAUCUCAUUGGAUUCUCCAACAUCACCCAGGGUGGCAUUUAUGUCUUCAAGCUGUUUGAUUACUACUCAGCCAGUGGCAUGUGUCUUCUCUUUCUUGUCUUCUUUGAGACCAUUUCAAUUUCCUGGUGUUAUGGUGUGAACAGGUUUUACAGGAACAUUGAAGAAAUGAUUGGCUACAAACCUUGUGUUUGGUGGAAGAUCUGCUGGGCCUUCUUCACUCCUCUUGUCUGCCUGGGGGUGUUUUUCUUCAGUGUGGUGGAAAUGACCCCUCUGACCCUGGGAAAAUAUGUUUAUCCUGCGUGGGGCCAAGGCAUUGGCUGGCUCAUGGCUCUGUCCUCCAUGCUCCUGAUCCCAGGGUACAUGAUGUACUGCUUCUUCACCUCCACGGGGACCCUCCGGCAGCGUUUCCAGCAGAUGACACAGCCCAAGGCAGAGCCGCACACUCAGAACAACGGCCUCCAGCCCAAGACAUCCUUGAACGGGAGGCUCUCGGAUGCUGCCGUAUAG